AUGGAGGUUCCAGGUUCAUCGAAGAAGAUGAUCGCAACGCAGGAAGAGAUUGUCACAGCUAAAGUACCUCUCGGUUACAGAGACCAAUGCGCUCAUCUCCUGAUUCCGCUCAACAAUUGUCGCCAGGCUGAGUUCUUCCUCCCAUGGAAAUGCGAGGACGAGCGUCACGUCUACGAGAAGUGUGAGUACGAGCUCGUCAUGGAGAUAAUGCUCGCGAUGAAGAAGAUCCAUGAGGAAGAAGCCAAAGCUAAACAGAAUAAACUUCAAGGGAACAUUGUUCCUCUAAUUCCUAAGACCGCUAAUGCUUAG